AUGACGGAUAGAGAUAACGAUGGUGCGGUGCCGAGAGUCACCGAGCAAAUGAGAGAAGUGAUUGCUGAGGAGGUCGGAAAGGCAAUCGAAAAUAGUUUGUCGGGUUUCAUCGAUAAAAUCCAAAACAUGGUACUAUCAGUGGUGGAUGAGAGAAUCAAGAAAUUGGAGGAUAUUACCGAUUUAGCAAAGGAAAAGUCGGGAGGACGAAAGCCUUGUUCAUACAAAGAGUUCAUGGCGUGCAAACUGCCAAUUUAUAAUGGGGAGGUUGACCCGAUAGUAUGCCAACGAUGGCUAAGCGAUAUCGAGGGAGUGUUCGAAAGGACCCAUUGUGAUACAGAUGACUACGUAGCCUAUAGCACGGGUCAGUUAAGGGGUCAAGCGAAAGACUGGUGGGAUAACAAGAAGAAAGAAAUUGGAAGUGAAGCGGCUAAGGCUAUGACAUGGGAUGAGUUUAAGACGCAGUUUCUUAAACAUCAUAGCCCCAAGGCAGUCAUUAACAAGAUCAAAGAAGAAUUUAUACAGCUUAGACACAAGGGUGAGUCCAUCGACAAAAUCACGGGAACGGAGUUUAUGACUCCUUCAAAGUAUGAGACCCUCACCGAGAUCAUAAAUGUUGCAUGGGAACGAGAGAUAGAAUUGAAGAUGCAGAUUGAAAGGGGUGAAAGAAGGGCGCAGGUGGUUAAUCCAAGCCCUAUGAAAAAGGCACGCACGACUGAGUCGUCGAAGAAACAAGAGGGAAAAAGCGGGUUGCUAAGCUGCAAGGUAUACGGGAAAGGGCGCAAGGGUGAAUGCCGCUUCAAAGAUAAACCAUGUCCCAUAUGUGGGAAGACGGGGCACACGGCUGCAUUAUGCCCCGGGAAUGUAUCGAUGUGUUACAAAUGCUAUCAACCGGGUCAUAAGAAAUCUGAAUUCCCAGAGCUAGUUGGGAAGAAAGAUGGCAAGGGUUCACAUACAGAGACUCCAAAAGCAAAAGCAAAAGCAAAAGCCAGAUCCUUCCAGUUAACCGCAGCCGAGGCGAGAGUGGAACCCGAUGUGGUCUCAGAAGUAGAAAUAGGUGAUAAUAAAAGUUUCAUUGUAUGCGACGUAUGCCAAAAUUGUAAGAUGAGUAUUGACGGUGAAGAAUACUCAAUAGAUUUGAUUCCAAUGUCGAUGGGAGAAUUCCAAGUAGUGGUUGGGAUGGAUUGGCUAUUCCGACAUCACGCGAAGGUCGUGUGCUUCCGCAAGGAGAUUAAAUUAACAUCUCCAAGUGGAAAACAUGUUACCAUCUAUGGAGAAAAAAGGGGUAAUCCCGUUAUGUGCUUGAUGCUAAAGGCUCACAAGCUCAUGAGGCGUGGAUGUAAAGCGUUCAUGAUAUAUGCGAACGAACCAGACAAAGGAUCGCCAAAGAUUGAAGACGUAUCAGUAGUACGUGAAUACACCGAUGUAUUUCCGGAGGAUCUACCGGGAAUACCGCCAGAACGGGAGGUAGAGUUCAGAAUCGAAUUGAUUCCGGACGCGUAA